AUGGCAGUUUGUUUUGUUUGUGAUUCAAAAUUGUAUGGGGAACGAACACGAGUAUGUUCAAGCAUUACACCACACAGUAAUUCACCAUACCCAGAAAAGAUUGCUGAACUCGUGGGAGAAGACUUUGUUAUUAUUGUCACACCUGCGGAUCACAUGUGCAAGCGAUGCUCAGCCCUUCUCAUUCAUAUCGACAAGCUGGAAAAUGAUAUGAAACUUGUUAAAAAUGCAUUGGUAUCAUACAUUCAAAAAAAAUAUGGAAUGUUGCCUGCUGAUCAGCCUGUUACUUCUAUUCAAGUUGUCAAUGGGAAUUUAAGGACCGAUGAACUCGAAGUAGGUCAGAGAAGAGUUCCUAGUGGUCUGACAGUUAGAGAUCCUUCCACUAGUGCUGGUGGAAGUAAUGCUCCUUUAAGAACAAGACCGGACGCUUCAAAAAUUAAAAUUUACAAAUGCGGUUUUUGUCCAUUCCAAUCCAAAGACCUUGGUCACGUUCGUUUCCAUAUGCGUUCUCACAUGAAAAAGAAAGAUGAUGAAAAAUCAAACCAAACUGUGACAAAAACAGUUACUCAGCAGCAACAACAUCAAAACCAAACACAUCAGCUGAAGUGUUUACCAAACAAACAACAGCAACCAAAAAAAAAGUUGUACAGAUGUCAAGUAUGUUCUGCAUCUUUUGAUAGCAGAUCGGAUUGCCUGGAUCAUAUUCAAAAGGAUCACAACCAGCAGCAACCCACAUCCACAACACAGGAACAGGAAAAUUUACAACAGGAAAACUUACAACAGGAAAACGAUGUUACUAUGGAAGUCACCGCGCCGGUAUUCCAACCACACAAUAUACUAAAUUCUAUAGAGAAUCAACCGAACGUGAUCAAGACUGAGGAUGAUAGUAAUUUAGCUGACGACAAACAUACUAUGGACACAGAUCUUGACAUGUUGUUAAAGGACACUAUCCCAGAUGAAAACUCUGAAGUUCCUAUGCAAGAAACACAGAAUAUUUCUGAAAAUAUGUCCGGACAAACAGAACUUAUGCAACCUAACCAAGAAAUCCCCGCAUCAAACGUUGAUAUGAGUGACAUGGCAAUUGGAGGUGGUGAAACUGGAACAGACCAUUUAGACAUUGAAUCGAUGUUGGCUGCCAUUCACAAUGAUGUCUCUUCCCCGAACGAUGGCGGAAAUACACAAAAUUUUUUAUGA